AAUAAGACGACUUCUUUGGCAGAAAUAAAUGAAAAAUGUUGAACUACAGGUUACUGCGAUCUUUUGUGAAUAUCCUUUGUCUAAAUGUGUUGUUGGUGGCGUGUCAAACGAAUAAUCCGAGUAAAGCUGUAGAUUAUGUUACAUCGUUAAAGGAUAAACUGCAGUUGCUGGAACAAAAUGGGAAAUUAUUGCUGAAUAACUACGAAUACAUUGAGGAAUUGCAAGCGAAGGUGGAGACAUUGCAAAAACUGGCCAAGCACUUGCAGCAGCCACAACUGGCAGCUAAAGGUAAAGAGGAGGAAUCCCUUUCCAAUCCGAUGAACAGUUUGUCGCUUAUAAGACAAAUGCAUGCAGAUUGGACUCAUGUGGAGAAGCUGAUGGAACAACCAGUUGGUCAAAAACAAAUGGAUUAUAUUCGGCGAAUGAAUGAGCGAAGACCAAAUCAGGAAAAUGUUGAGCAGGCCUUGAUUGCCAUGCAUCGCAUUGUUUCAAGUUAUGAGCUGAAUGCUGCUGAUAUUGCUAGUGGAUUGCUUGACGGCAUGCAGACUGAUGCAAAGCUUUCACCACUCGAGUGCUAUGAAAUGGGAUUGCUCUAUUACAAUGGAUCGCUUUAUUACGAAGCAGUCGAAUGGUUAGAAACAGCCAAAGAGUUAAUGGAUAAAGUUCCAUCUGAUGUCUACAAUCUUUUGGGUCUAACAAGAAGCGACAUCUCUCAUCUAUUAGCUCGAAGCUUCAUUGCUUUAGACAAAUUGGAGCUUGCUCGCAAAGUUCUUCUGGCAGAACCAGAUUUGAGUUCUGAAACCGAAGAGUUGUUGGAAUAUUUUAAGGAAAACAAGCCUGAAGAAGUGGAGAACGAUAAUUUGAUUGCAUUUCAUGAAAAAACUGCACAACUCUGUGGCUCUUCUUAUAAACCAAAACCCACGCGACUUUUGUGUUCCUAUAAAACAUCAGGAAAACCAUUUCUUCGACUGGCUCCCUUUCAAAUGGAACAGAUCUCACAGGAUCCCGAUAUAUUUGUAUUCCACAAUGUGAUCUCUAGCAUAGAGAUUUCAAUAUUAGAGCGAGAAACGGAAGCAUUUAUGCUGCCUGCAAGGGUACUUGAUAAUGGGAAGUCGGUGUUGUCAAAUAUACGCACAGUGAGCAGCGUUGGGUUGCCCAAUAAAAAUUUUUCAAGGCAACUCAAUUCGCUGACUACUCGAAUUAGACGGCGAAUAUCGGAUUUGUCCGACUUGAAUGAUAGUUAUUAUUAUUUGUCAGAGGUGCUGAAAUACGGAUUUGGCGGUCACUACGGCUUUCACAAUGACUUCUUGAAUAGUUCAGUAUUUACCGACGAUCGCGUUGCCACCGCUUUGUUGUAUCUCAAUGAUGUGCCCAGUGGCGGUGGCACAAUCUUUACUCAGCUAAACUUAACAGUGCAGCCGGAGCCUGGCAAAGCUGUUCUCUGGCAAAAUUUGGACGUGGAAACUUUUGACUUUGAGACGCGUAACGAACAUGCAUCUUGUCCUGUCAAGAUUGGCACCAAGUUGGCAAUGACACAAUGGAUACAUGAAAGGGAACAGAUGUUCACACGCCCAUGUUUGAAGCCUCCCAAAGCACGUGUAUAUCCGGAUAAAUUGCUGAGGUUGUUGAAACAAAAUGGGAAAUUAUUGCUGAAUCUCUACGAAUAUAUUGAUGAAUUGCAAGAGAAAAUCAAGACAUUGCAAAGGCUGGUUAAGCACUUACAGCAGCCACAACUGGCAGCCAAAGGUGAAGAGGAGGAUUUCCUUUCCAAUCCGAUGAACAGUUUGUCGCUUAUAAGACAAAUGCAUGCAGAUUGGUCUAAUGUGGAGAAGGUGAUGAAACAAUCAGUUGGUCAAAAACAAUUGAAUUUUAUGAAUGAACAAAGACCCAAGCUGAAAAAUGUUAAGGAAACUUUUAUUGCCAUGCAUCGAAUAACUUCAAGUUAUGAGUUAAAUGCGACUGAUAUUGCCAAGGGAUUGCUUGACGGCAUGCAAACUGAUGCCUACGCUUAUUUCUGUGGCUCCUCUUAUAAACCUGAGCCAACCCGUCUUCUUUGUUCCUAUAAAACAUCAGGAACGCCUUUCCUUCGCCUGGCUGCCUUUCAAAUGGAACAGAUCUCGAUGGAUCCCGAUAUAUUCGUGUUCCACAAUGUGAUCUCUAGCGCAGAGAUUGCAAUUUUAGAUCGGGAAACGGAAGCAUUUCUGGUUCCUGCCAAAGUAGCUACUCCUGAAGGAGAGAAAGUUUCCAGUUAUCGCACAGUGAAGAGCGCUAAGUUGCCUCAUGUAAAUGUUUCAAGAGAAGUGAAUUUGCUGGCCGUGCGAUUGCAUAAACGAAUGUCGGAUUUGUCAGAUUUCAAUCUAGACAGUUGUAGUGACGUCAUGCAGGUGCUUAAGUAUGACUUUGGAGGACAUGCCAGCAUUCACAAUGAUUACUUCAAGAACUCCAGCAGCGAGGAUCGCAUUGCCACAAUUUUGUUUUAUCUCAAUGAUGUGCCUAGUGGUGGUGGAACAGUGUUUUUUGACCUCGACUUGACGGUGCAGCCAGAGCCUGGCAAAGCUGUUCUCUGGUACAAUUUGGAUUUGGAAACAUUUGACUACGAAGAGCGAAACAUACAUGCAUCUUGCCCUGUCAAGAUUGGCUCUAAAUUUGCCCUCACACAAUGGGUACUUGAGCAUCGACAGAUGUUCAACCGACCGUGUUUAAGGCCUCCAAAGUUGCGUCAAUACAAGCUGAGGUUGUUGAAACAAAAUGAGAAACUAUUGCUGAAUCUCUACGAAUAUGUUGAGGAAUUGCAAGCGAAGAUCGAGACAUUGCGAGGGCUGGCCAAGCACUUACACCAGCCACAACUGGCAGCCAAAGGUCGAGAAGAGGAAUUCCUCUCCAAUCCGAUGAACAGUUUGUCGCUUAUAAGACAAAUGCAAUCAGAUUGGAAUCAUGUGGAGAAGCUGAUGGAACAACCAGUUGGUCAAAAACAAUUGAAUUUUAUAAGCAAAAGACCCAAGCUGAAAAGUAUUAAGGAAACUUUUAUUGCCAUGCAUCGAAUAGCUUCGAGUUAUGAGCUAAAUGCGACUGAUAUUGCCAAGGGAUUGCUUGACGGCAUGCAGACUGAUGCAAAACUUUCUCCACUCGAAUGUUAUGAAAUGGGAUUGCUCUAUUUUAAUGGAUCGCUUUAUCACAAAGCAGUCGAAUGGCUGGAAACAGCCAAAGCGUUAAUGGAUAAAACUCCAAGAGAUGUCUAUGCAUUGUUGGGUCUAACACGUAACAACUUAGAGCUAGCCCGCCUUGUGCUGCAGUCAGAGCCAGAUUUGAGCGCUAAGGCUGAGCAGUUGUUGGAAUACUUCCAAGCAAACAAACCUCAAAAAGUUGAGAAUGAUCUAAUCGAAUUUGAUAGAACGCCUUUCCUUCGCCUGGCUGCCUUUCAAAUGGAACAGAUCUCGAUGGAUCCCGAUAUAUUCGUGUUCCACAAUGUGAUCUCUAGCGCAGAGAUUGCAAUUUUAGAUCGGGAAACGGAAGCAUUUCUGGUUCCUGCCAAAGUAGGUAAUAGUGAAGGAGAAAAAGUUACCAAUUAUCGCACAGUGAACAGUGCUUGGUUGCCUCAUGUAAAUGUUUCAAGAGAAGUGAAUUUACUGGCAGUGCGAUUGCAUAAACGAAUGUCGGAUUUGUCAGAUUUCAAUCUCGACAGUUAUAGUGACGUCAUGCAGGUGCUUAAGUAUGACUUUGGAGGACAUUUCAACAUUCACAAUGAUUACUUCAACGACUCCAGCAGCGAGGAUCGCAUUGCCACAAUUUUGUUUUAUCUCAAUGAUGUGUCUAGUGGUGGUGGAACAGUGUUUUUUGACCUCGACUUGACGGUGCAGCCAGAGCCUGGCAAAGCUGUUCUCUGGUACAAUUUGAAUUUGGAAACAUUUGACUACGAAGAGCGAAACAUACAUGCAUCUUGCCCUGUCAAGAUUGGCUCUAAAUUUGCUAUCACCCAAUGGGUCUUUGAGCAUCGACAGAUGUUCAACCGACCGUGUUUAAGGCCUCCAAAGUUGCGUCAAUACAAAAGCAGAAGACGAUGGAAAAUGUUGCACUACAGACUGCUGCGAUCUUUUGUGAAUAUUCUCAGCAUUUCUGUGUUGUUGGUGGCGUGUCAAACGGAGAAUCCUAUUAAAAGUACAGAUUAUAUUUCAUCGCCAAAGAACAAGCUAAAGUUAUUGGAACAAAAUGAAAAACUAUUGAUGAAUCUCUAUGAAUACAUUGAUCGAUUGCAUGAGAAGAUUGAGACAUUACGAAAGAUUAGCAAGCACUUGCAGCAGCCGCAACUGGCAGCCAAAGGUGAAGAGGAGGAUUUCCUCUCCAAUCCGAUGAACAGUUUGUCGCUUAUAAGACAAAUGCAUGCAGAUUGGACUCAUGUGGAGAAGCUGAUGGAACAACCAGUUGGUCAAAAACAAAUGGAUUAUAUUCGGCGAAUGAAUGAGCGAAAACCUCGACUGGAAAAUGUUGAGGAAGCCAUGGUUGCGAUGCAUCGCAUGAAAGAAAGUUAUUUGUUGAAUGUAACUGAUAUUGCCAAGGGAUUGCUUGAUGGCAUGCAGACAGAUGGAAAACUUUCACCACUCGAAUGCUAUGAAAUGGGAUUGCUCUAUUUUAAUGGAUCGCUUUAUAACAAAGCUAUCGAAUGGUUAGAAGCAACCAAAAAAUUAAUGGAUAAAGCUCCUUCAGAUGCCUACGCUUUUUUGGGUCUAAAGCGUAGCAACAUUUCGUAUCUUUUAGCUAGAUCCUACACUGCUUUAGGAGACUUCCAGCUUGCUCGAAAUGUGCUACAGACAGAACCAGAUUUAAGUUCUUCAGCUGAGCAGUUGUUGGAAUAUUUCCAACAAAACAUUCCUCCAGUAAUUAAAGAUGAAAAGCUGAUUGAGUUUAAUGGAGAGUACGCCCAUCUUUGUGGUUCUUCCUAUAAACCAAAACCCACACGUCUUUUGUGCUCUUAUAAAACUUCGCCAACGCCUUUUCUUCGAUUGGCUCCUUUUCAAAUGGAACAGAUUUCAAGGGAUCCCGAUAUAUUCGUGUUCCACAAUAUGAUCUCCAGUUCAGAGAUUGCUUUGCUGGAGGGGGAAACGGAAGCAUUGAUGGAUCGUGAACUUGUGAUUGCAGAGGAUGACAAACUCGUUCAUUCGAAUCAUCGCACACUUCGACACGUUUGGUUGCCUCAUCCACAAAUUUCUGAAGAAGUGCAGUGGCUGGUGAGUCGCAUAAAACAACGAAUGGAAGAUUUUUCAGAUUUAAUCGUUCUGGAACUGGAUCCUAUGGAGAUGCUUAAAUAUGGCUUUGGUGGUCACUUUAGUAUUCACAGUGAUUUCUAUAACUUUACGGGGGCUUUCAUGGAGGAUCGCAUUGCCACCAUUGUGGUGUAUCUUAAUGAUGUGCCAAGCGGCGGUGGAACAAUGUUCCCUAAGCUCAACAUGACGGUAAAGGCAGAGGCUGGCAAAGCUCUUCUUUGGUAUAGCAUAAAGCCAGACACAUUUGAUUACGAGACGAGGACUGAACAUGCAGGUUGCCCAGUUAAAAUUGGCACUAAAUUGGUUUUGGCACAUUGGCUGUACGAACACGAUCACAUGUUUACUCUCCCUUGCAGGCAGCCUCCAAAAACACGUAUUUACAUUGAACCCUAAGUUAAGAUGAGUCUUAAAAUAUAUUUUAAUGCAUCUCUCGAUUGCUAGAAAUACAAAGAAUAA